AUGCUGGUGAGGGGCAGGGACGGGGACGGGGCCCAGCUCCCACGUGGGCCUCUCUCCAGGACUGACCCCAGACCCUCUUCUUUUCAGGGUCCUAAUGCCUCCCUCGAUUCAGAGCUUCCGAGCGCCCCAGUCCCCGACGGGGACACCAGUGUCUCCCCGGGACGCCCCGAGAGGCUGUGCGCGCCGCCGGGGCUGGAGGAGGCCUUGAGCUCGCUGGGGCUGGAGGGGGAACGCGAGUACGCUGGGGACAUCUUCGCUGAAAUCAUGGUGUGCCACGCGCUGCCCCGGAGCCCCCUGCCCCGCCCCGUGACUCCAGAGAUGCGUGCGCUAGUGGUGGACUGGCUGGUCCAGGUGCACGAGUACUUGUGCCUGGCAGGGGACACACUUUACCUGGCGGUGCACCUGCUGGAUUCCUACCUGCGCGCCGGCAGAGUGCGCCUACACCGCCUGCAGCUGCUGGGCAUGGCCUGCCUGUUCCUGGCGUGCAAGAUGGAAGAGUGCGUGCUUCCCGAGCCUGCCUCCCUCUGCCUUCUGAGUGCCGGUUCCUUCUCGAGGGCAGAGCUGCUGCGCGCAGAGCGCCGCAUCCUGAGCCGCUUGGAUUUCCGACUGCACUAUCCCGGGCCCUUGCUGUGCCUGGAGCUGCUCACCGCGCUGGCCGGGAGUGGCCCCCAGGUGAUGCUGCUGGCCACCUAUUUCCUGGAGCUGUCCUUACUGGAGGCUGAGGCUGCGGGAUGGGAGCCUGGUCGUCGCGCAGCUGCGGCGCUGAACCUGGCGCAUCGCAUGCUCGACGGAGCGGGCUCCAGGCCCAAGCCAAUGCUUUACAGGUGUGGCCUUGGCAGAGGGCGGUGCUCCGCGGAGCUGGACCCCCUGGAGCGGUGCAUGGUCCGCGCCUCUCUGCGGGGCCCGGCACCUGGCCGCGCCGCGGUCUUCCUCAAGUACGCGCGGCCCCAGCGCCAGGGCACCAGCCUCGCCGCCGCCCUCCUGCUCCGGCGCCCCCAGCCUGGGCCUCCUUGA